AUGGGACGUGCGGCGGGUCUGACGCUGGACUGGUCGGCCGGGUUCUCUCUCAGCGAGGGUACUCCCGGAGCUAAGCCUGUGUGGGCAUAUAGGUUUUCUCAAUUGAGGGGUUCGAGUGACGACGGUAAAUCAAAAUUAAAAUUGCACUUUCAAGAUGCGGAAACUAAAGUUAUCGAAACUAAGGAGCUAGAAUGUCAGAUACUCCAGAGCCUACUGUUCUGCAUGCACGCGUUCCUGACGGCGAAGGUUGCAUCUGUGGACCCCGCCUUCCUCGCCUCCAUACAACAGUCCAACUAG